AUGAGCGCCUCUCUUGCACCACCUCAAAUCAUUGUUCAAACUCCACGACCACAGAAAAGCUGCGCUUCUGAAUUAGAAAGCUUUUCCAUUCAAAUCACUGCUGCUCAACAGCAAUUCUACUGCACAAAAGGAAAGCCUACAUCUCGAAAUCCAUCGCCUAGUCCCUCUUUUCAAGCAAAUACCAGAUCAACACAUGAUUCGAGGAAUUGA